UACACAUGGUGAACAAAAUGGCGGCUGCUGAUUUUGAGAAAGCCCAAGCUUUGUCAGCAACUGAUCCUAAUGCAGCAGUCGGUAUUUUACAUUCAAUUGUGAAAAGAAAUGUGGCAACUGAUGACGAUGAAGGAAUACGUAUCAAAGAGCAAGGUAUCUUAGAGUUGGGAUCACUGCUGAAGAAGACUGGGCAGCCUGAAGAACUGGCUGGCUUGAUAAAAUUCACUAGACCAUUCCUGAAUUUAGUCAGUAAAGCAAAAGCAGCUAAAAUGGUGCGAGCCUUGGUUGAUAUGUUCUUAGAUAUGGAGGCUAGUACAGGAAAAGAGGUUCAACUUUGUAAUGAAUGCAUAGAUUGGGCCAAAGAUGAAAAGAGAACAUUCCUUAGACAAGCACUUGAAGCUAGAUUACUAGCUUUAUAUUAUGAUACAAAACAGUUCCAAGAAGCACUGUUGAUAGGUUCAGCAUUGUUAAAAGAACUCAAGAAAAUGGAUGAUAAAGCUCUAUUAGUGGAAGUACAAUUGUUAGAAAGUAAAGUAUAUCAUGGCCUAAGUAAUCUCCCAAAAUCUAGGGCGGCAUUGACGUCAGCACGUACCACUGCAAAUGCUAUCUAUUGCCCACCUAAAUUACAAGCUGCUCUAGACAUGCAAUCAGGUAUUCUGCAUGCGGCAGAUGAUAAAGAUUUCAAGACUGCUUUCUCUUAUUUCUAUGAAGCGUUUGAAGGUUACGAUUCAAUAGAUAGUCCCAAAGCUGUUGUUGCCCUCAAAUAUAUGUUGCUUUGUAAAAUUUUACUCAAUAAUCCUGAUGAUGUGCAGUCUAUCAUAAGCGGUAAAUUAGCCUUGCGUUAUGCAGGACCUGAAGUAGAAGCUAUGAAAAGUAUCGCAUCAGCUUACCAAAAAAGAUCACUAUCUGAAUUUAAAAAGACUUUGGCAGUAUAUAAAGUGCAGCUCAUAGAUGAUCCCAUUAUCAAAGCUCAUUUAGACUCCUGUUACGACAAUUUAUUGGAACAAAACCUUUGUCGAAUUAUAGAACCAUUCUCUAAAGUACAAGUACAACAUAUAGCAAAUAUAAUCAAGCUACCUCUGAAUUUAGUAGAAAAGAAACUUUCCCAGAUGAUUCUCGACAAGAAGUUUCAUGGUAUUUUGGACCAAGGAAUGGGUGUGCUUGUGGUGUUUGAUGAACCAGUGGUGGACAAGACAUAUGAAAAUGCUCUAGAAACUAUCCAGAACAUGGGGAAAGUGGUGGACUCUCUAUAUAACAAAGCCAAAAAAUUGUACUAGAAACCACCAAUAAUGAACAGUGCCCUCACUUUUGAUUCAUAUAAAACUUUCGUUUUGUACAGUUUCUCUUAAUAUUCUACAGAGGGCGCUUUAACCCUCAUCUGUAGUAGGUUUUUUCCAGUCGCCUGAAACCUGUUCAUGAACAACAGUGAUAAUGAUGAAUAAAAUUCCAGCACGUUUUUGAGCAUUGGGGUGUUGACAUAUAGCGGUCAAUCUUAGACUUUUAGAGUCUAAUAACACGUCAUCAUAUUUUAAAGUAAUUAUACCAUGUCAUCAACACUAACAUUUUUGCCAUCAAGUGUAAGGCUAUAAAAUAAUAUUUUAUAUUUUCUCUGAAAUCAUCAACUGUUUGUGAGGUAUUUUUGUAUAUUCAUUUUUUGUUUCCCUUGCUUCCUGAUUGUUUAGCAUUGUUAUCUAGCCUGCCAUGUCAGUCAACUGUUUUGUUAUCCACACUAUAGUAUUACAAUUUAUGUUACUUGUAAUAUUAAAAAUCAUAUUAAUUAAAAAAAAAUUAAUGCACA